CGAGAACGAACAGGCCGCGGCGCAGGCGAAGGCGAACGCCGCCCAGGUAGUGACGUGUUGAGCAUUGUAAUGCAGCGACUCCAACUUGCAUGCGUCAGCAGCGACAUUGUGAUUCACACGUCAGUUUUUAUAUGCGUGCUUGAUAUUGGAUUGUCUCGCGACUUACACACUGUCACGCACUAAUCUUCGAAAGAAAUUUUCUCAACGUUGCACACAACUAUGCAUAAUUUCGAACUGCAGCAUUACAAACAUGCCAGCACUCCACUGAAAAUACAGGCUGCCGCUGCGAACGCCGCGAACCAGAACAGCGACGUCAUGCAGAACCAGAUGAACCAGAUGCAGCAGAUGACGCAGCAAAUGUUGAACUUGAGCUUGAACAUGCCGAAAGCUGCUGCUGCUGCUGCCCCGGC